CAGAGCCACCGACAAAAUACUGUAAACAGGACGUCGCUUUCUGUGUUUGCCUGGCCAGUGGUUAAAAAAAGAUCAGGAGGGUUUGCUUAUGCAGUUGGAAUUAGAAUAAAAGUGUUUUUGUUUUUUUCUCCUUUUCUCUUGGAUGGCUGAAGAAGUGAGAGAUGAGGUUCUAAUAUCUGUAAUUUAUACAUCAGGAAAUGCCAAAUCAUCUUAAGAGUCAUGGAAACUGGUUUGCCAUCUGCUCCAAGCCUACACUGGAUAAAAACAGAACAAAACACACGACGUGUACCACCUAAAAAUGGCUGCAUCUUGUCAUUGCAAAGUAUCGAUCUGCCCUCUGACUUGACCUGCCCCGUACGAGUUAAGCAGGAAUCGGAUCUACCUCAGUCAGAAUGUUUGCCUCGUCCUCAAUUUAAGAAGAUAAAGAAAGAGUCUACUGAGAUGAAUGAAUUAAUUAAAAAGGAACAGCACGAUGACUCUAGCCUGACCGUAACCACCGAGGAGUCACAAGGGAGUGAUGAUGACUUACCACACGGACUGAUUCCUCCUGUUGAAAUGGAAGAAGAGGAGUGUGAUGUAGAAUGUCCUGAAAACUUGAUUGCAUGUCGAAAUAAUAAACGUUUGAAUAAAAAAAGAACUGCUGCCAAAGUAAAGCUUCAUGAUUCCAAUACAGACAAGAAAUAUACACGCAAACAGAGAAAGGCACAGGAAAACACCAAAUAUCACUGUGUCAAGGGCCAUGAUGGCAGGACGCUGUUAAAAACACACACGCACACUGAUGGUGAAGAAGCAUUCUGGUGUGAAACUUGUGGAAAACGGUUCAAACGGUAUGACCUUCUCAGUGACCAUAGGAGAGGGCACAACAGAAAAAGGCCAUACGCCUGUGACCAGUGUGGCAUGAUGUUUGCCAAACCUGCUUAUCUGAAAAUCCAUCUGCGCAGACAUGCUGGGGAAAGGGCAUUUCCUUGUGACCAGUGUGACAAGAGGUUUUUUGACAAAUACGACUUAGCAGUGCAUCAGAGAGAUCACACAGGAGAGAGACCAUACGAGUGCCGAGAGUGUGGAAAGAGCUUCAAGCGGAUUUAUAUACUGAACAAGCACAUGAAAACUCAUUCUAGUGAAAAGACUUUUAAGUGUAAUGUCUGUGGAAAAGCCUAUAAAUAUGGGUACAGUUACAGAUUACACAUGAAAUCUCACUCGGCAUAGAUUUUUAUCUUAGACACACAGGAAAUCUGAAUUUUUAAAAGUCUGAAUUUUUUGUUAUUGAUGAAUUUUUUUUAUGACAUCUUUGUUUUUCUUUAACCUUGUUACGCAGAUAUAAAAGGUUUUAACAUAUUAUCAUGCAGUUUAGUAAAACUUUUUUUCAAUCUUGUGUAAUAACUUCAAAUCGAUAAAUUAUAUUUGUUCAGUUAUUUUUGCAGUUUGUAAUGAGAGUUUAUGGAAUUGCUUACUUGAAGCUCAUGUGACUACUAUGUAUUCAGAUUCAUCUAAAGUCAUCUAAUGUGUUAGAGAAUUCAAUCUGCCAGAGGCUGUUGAAAAGAAAUGCACUGAUUAUUCCAGAGUGUGUGUAAGACCUGCAUUUUUCUUUCCUGAGGUGAGUGAGGUGAUAGCUUUCAACCCCUCAGUGCCAUGGUAUACUUUAUGUACUUGUUAAUGUAUUAUAAUAAACAUUUUUGGAGAUGGAUUUUUGCUUAAAAAAAAAAAAAAUUAACAAAGAAAGUUCUUUCUCAAGUUAUGUUUAGGAUCUUGUAAGAGUACAUCUUUUUCAAAGGAAUAAAAAAUGUUUAUUUUUGGGGGCCUGUGAAAUGCUGUCAGU